AUGGUACGACCAAUCUCCGGCGGCAGAAUGGAAGCUGUCAAAGCUGCUCUUAGCAGCAGAGAAGCUUUCAUCAAAGCCAUCGAGACGAAGAAGGAUGCCGCUGGCGACAUCGUCGAGCGCAAUCCCUGGAAGAAUGAGGAUCUCGACAUCAGUCCGCCAAAGGAUCGGACUUGGGGUUGGUACGACUACGCCUCCUUUUGGACCACCUAUGGAAUAAACCCCGGCACUUGGAAUGUGGGAUCUGCCCUGAUCGCAAUUGGCCUCGUCCACUGGCAGGCGGUGAUUUGCAUUUUCUUUGGCUACCUGUUCGGCGCCAUAGGCAUGGUGCUUCACUCACGCUCCGCAUCCGUCUAUCACUUCGGUUUCCCUGUAGAGAGCCGUAUACCAUGGGGUCUCCGCGCGUCCUACUUCCCCAUCCUGCUGCGCGUUAUGACGGCCCUUAUUUGGACUGGUGUAUCGAUCAUGUCAGGCGGCUUCCACACGGCAGUCUUCCUGCGCUGUAUCUUUGGAGACUCGUUCUGGCUGAUGAAGAACACCAUUCCCGAGAGUGCAGGCAUUACCCUUCCGGACUUUGUUGGCCUCAUGGUCUACUGGAUUCUGACAUUUCCCCUGCUUAAUGUACCGAUCCCCAAGUUUAGGAGAUGGAUAGAAGCUGAGGCUUUCCUAAUGCCAUUUGCAAUUUUCGGCUUGUUUAUAUAUUGCAUGGUAACAGCCAAGAGUGCCCCUGAGCGGCCUCUUUCGACUGGAGCCAUGCACGGUUCAACGCUCGGCUGGGCUAUUGUUGGUGGUAUAAACUCCAUCAUGGGCAAAACAUCUACAUUGGUCAUUAACCAACCUGAUAUUGCUCGCUAUGCGCGCAGCACCAAGUCGCCGGUUCUGUCACAACUCAUUGCUUUACCUAUAAUGAACACCGCCGGUGCUACACUAGGCAUUUAUGCCACAGCGAAGAUGUAUAAUCUCUGGGGAAAUGUGGAUUGGAAUCCGUGGAUCCUCGCACACGAUAUCCUCGACCACAGGUGGGGCCCGGGUGCACGCGCUGGACUUGCUAUAUGCAGUGCUUUCUUCAUGUUUGCAAAUGCCAUCGGUGAUAUGGGUGCGAAUAUCAUCCCGUUCGGAGCGGACUUCAUGACUCUAUUCCCACGGUGGCUCAAUAUUAGACGUGGAAUGUGGGUGGCUUACCUACUCGGUGUUUGUAUAUGCCCCUGGCACAUUUUGGCAAACGCCUCCGGCUUCCUCACUUUCCUUGGGGGUUACAGCAUCUUCCUGGGACCUUUCCUCGGCAUUUUCAUCACAGAUUACUUCGUUAUCCGUAAAGGAAAUAUUUUCGUCCGCGAUCUUUACACGCCAGAAGGUCGAUACUGGUAUUUCGCGGGCGUCAAUUGGCGUGCCGUCGUUGCAUGGGUCAUUCCGGUUGCCUUUGUCAUCCCGGGAUUUGCCACAUCAUUCGGUAAUGAGUUGGUAGGACAGACUGGCUGGGUUCAUUUGUACAAGUUCAGCUGGUUCUUCGUCUGCACGAUUGCCAGCAUUUUAUAUUACGCCUUGUCCUUCAUUGGCGAAUACGCAAAGGAGGAGCGUGCAAUGCCGUUCGAGGCACUUGCGCUUGAACAGAUUGAAGUGCUGAAUGGACAGACACCAACCGAAGUGGGAUCAGAAGUCAAUGUUACUGUUGAGACCAAGGUUUAG